CGAAAAUCCAGCAUAAAACUUUCUUUCAACCUCAUCCUUCGUUUCUCGAAAUUUUCCUAUUGUUGUUAUUGGUACAAAAUUUGGUGACGUAUUGCCCUCGAGAACGUAUUCAAGAUGGGUGUCCAAUCCGCGAUCGAACUUCCGGCUAUGAAAACUAGCCCACAAUUCAUUUUCUUUACUGAUUUCGAUGGCACGGUUACGCUGCAGGACAGCAAUGACUUCAUGACCGACAACAUUGGCUACGGCCGUGAAAAGCGGCGCCAAGGUAAUAUCGACACUCUUGCAGACAAGAUUACCUUUCGGGACUCAUUCCGGGAAAUGAUGGACAGCGUGACCAAGCCGUACAACGAAUGCAUUCAGUUCCUUGUCGACAACAUCAAAUUGGACCCCUAUUUCGCCGAGUUCUUCCAGUGGAGUUUAGCGAACAAUAUGCCUGUUGUUGUUCUCUCCUCGGGCAUGGAACCCAUCAUCAAAGCCCUUUUGAAGAAGCUUAUUGGCCCCGAUGCGGAGAAUAUGCAGGUAAUCGGGAAUUAUGUGAAAGCUAGGCCUGGGAAGAGCAUUGAUGAGGAAGGGGGUUGGCAGAUCCAGUUUCACCACCCCGAGUCUGGGUUUGGGCAUGAUAAGAGCGUGACUUUGAGGAAAUACUCCUCACUGCCAGAGGAUAUUCGACCAACUAUGUUCUACGCUGGGGACGGAGUUUCAGAUCUGUCUGCUGCUCGGGAGACGGAUUUGCUCUUCGCAAAGAAGGGGCACGAUCUCAUCUCGUAUUGCGCCAGGGAGAACGUGCCAUUCACGGUGUUUGAGGAUUGGUCUUCGAUCCUAGAGAAGUGCAAGGAGAUCGCUGCGGGCAAGACCACGGUUCAAGAGGCUGCUCAUGAGGGCUACGAGGCGUACAAAGCUGGAGCUGCUGGUGUUGAGCCUGCCGCUAACAGCUGAGCAAAGUAAACUUUCAGAUGGGCAUUUGAGAGCAGACAUUUUACACAUUUCUUUCUACGAAACCGUAUUUCAGACACAUAUAGACGAUAGAAACCUAACCGGCAUGGUAGCCUAGAAAACACCAAAGCAC